GGCGGGGCACACCCGCCCCCGCGCUCCGCAGCCGCCCGCCGUCCGCGCCCGCCGAGGUGAGCCCGGCGCGCGGGCCGUGCCCGCCGCCACGACCCCUCCACAUCCGCAGAAACCGCUGCCGGCUCUACCGGUCCCCCGCGCUGCGGUGGCCUCCUCUUCGCUGCUGCUUUCAUCAUCCCCCGCUUCCCUGCCCUCUGGUCGGAGAUCUCAUUCUCUUCGUCCCCGGUUCCUUGGCUUUUCCCUCUUUUUGCCUUUUGCUCCCCUCCCCCUUCUCCUGUCCUUCCUCUUUUUCGCUGUAUAACCCCCUACUUUCUUCCUCUCACCUUUUAAGCUUUUUUUUUUUUUUCUGGGCCCCCUAUUUUUUUUUUUCUUAAAAAAAAAAAAAGGAAAACAAAAACCCUAUUGCUGCAAAUGAGAAUUUGGAGGGUAACUCUUCGCUAGCGCCAGAGACCUUUUAAAGCGAUGCAUCCGUUUGCAGGAAUGGUGGUGGCGAGGGGACCGGGGUCCUCAGUAUCUGGGAAAUCUGAUCGAGAGGACCCUGUUUCGGUUGUGUCACUCGUGUCUUCAGUUUGGAGAUCCUGAGGGUGUCUGAAGCGAGUGGAUCUAUUUUUCUAAGUCCACAUUGACGACUGCAGUGAGACGCGGUGCGGGGACGGCCACCGGUUACUGAAUGGGAAUUGUGUUACCAUUUGCUAAAUAUAUUGUGACAUACCCAGUGCCUUGGUUAACAGCUCCCUUGACCUUGUGCGGCUCCUCCUCCCUCGCGCUCUGUCCCCCCUCGGGAAUUUCCCCCGAGAGAUCACCGAGAAAGACAAGACGGACUCCCAUGUGAGAAUGGCUAUGACUUUGGAAGAAGCUCCAUGGCUGGGCUGGCUCUUGGUGAAAGCACUGAUGAGGUUUGCCUUCAUGGUGGCCAACAACCUGGUUGCUAUUCCAUCAUAUAUCUGCUAUGUAAUUAUUCUUCAGCCCCUUCGCGUGCUGGACAGUAAGCGGUUCUGGUAUAUCGAAGGAAUCAUGUAUAAAUGGCUUUUAGGAAUGGUGGCUUCCUGGGGAUGGUAUGCUGGAUAUACAGUGAUGGAAUGGGGAGAAGAUAUUAAAGCAGUUUCAAAAGAUGAAGCAGUGAUGUUGGUGAAUCAUCAGGCAACAGGAGAUGUGUGCACACUGAUGAUGUGCCUCCAGGACAAAGGACUGGUUGUCGCUCAAAUGAUGUGGUUGAUGGAUCAUAUUUUUAAGUACACAAACUUUGGAAUUGUUUCUCUAGUUCAUGGAGACUUCUUUAUAAGACAGGGAAGAUCUUACCGUGACCAACAGCUGCUGCUUCUCAGGAAGCACUUAGAAAAUAAUUACAGGAGCAGAGAUCGAAAAUGGAUUGUUUUGUUUCCAGAAGGGGGCUUCCUCAGGAAGAGGCGAGAAACAAGUCAGGCAUUUGCCAAGAAAAAUAACUUGCCAUUUCUUACACAUGUUACUCUGCCAAGGUCUGGGGCAACAAAAAUUAUUUUGAAUGCACUUGUAGCACAACAGGAAAAUGGAAGUCCAGCAGGAGGAGAUGCUAAAGAAAUAGACAGCAAAUCAAAAGGCCUCCAGUGGAUAAUAGAUACAACAAUAGCUUAUCCCAAAGCUGAACCUAUAGAUAUUCAAACCUGGAUCCUUGGAUACAGGAAACCAACAGUCACACAUGUACAUUACAGGAUCUUUCCAAUUAAAGAUGUACCCCUGGAGACUGAUGACCUUAACAAUUGGCUCUAUCAACGGUUUAUUGAAAAAGAGGACCUCUUAUCUCAUUUUUAUGAAACAGGAGCUUUUCCACCUUCCAAGGGCCAUAAGGAAGCUGUUUCCAGGGAGAUGACCCUCAGCAACAUGUGGAUAUUUCUCAUACAGUCUUUUGCAUUUUUGUCAGGCUAUAUGUGGUACAACAUCAUUCAGUAUUUUUACCAUUGCCUAUUUUAGAAAUUGACUUGGACUUGUCAAGGUCACCAUAGGAAUUCAGACUUUCUUUCAUAAGUGUGCAUUAUUUUACAUGUACAAAUCAGAAUAUAUUUAAAAAAA